AUGGCUGUCAAGGUCCUGGCCAUCAUCUCCAUCCUCUUUAUCGUGCUGUCAACCAUUGCCUUGUCUCUGAACACCCUCCCAGAGCUGCAGGACAUAGACGAGUUUGGCCAGGUGACAGACAACCCUCAGCUAGCUCACGUGGAAGCGGUGUGCAUCGCCUGGUUCACCAUGGAGUACCUGCUCCGCUUCAUCUCCUCGCCCAGCAAGUGGAAGUUCUUCAAAGGUCCACUAAACAUAAUAGACCUGCUGGCCAUCCUACCCUACUACGUCACCAUCUUCCUGACUGAAUCCAAUAAGAGCGUUUUACAGUUCCAGAACGUCCGGAGGGUGGUGCAGAUCUUCAGGAUCAUGCGUAUCCUCCGUAUUCUGAAGCUGGCCAGGCAUUCCACAGGGCUUCAGUCUCUGGGCUUCACCCUGAGGAGGAGCUACAAUGAGCUGGGCCUGCUCAUCCUAUUCCUGGCCAUGGGCAUUAUGAUCUUCUCCAGCCUUGUCUUCUUCGCCGAGAAGGACGAGGAGGACACCAAGUUCAAAAGCAUCCCGGCCUCCUUCUGGUGGGCUACCAUUACUAUGACUACGGUGGGGUAUGGGGACAUCUACCCAAAGACUUUACUGGGUAAGAUUAUUGGGGGUCUAUGCUGCAUAGCUGGAGUGUUGGUGAUAGCCUUGCCCAUCCCCAUCAUCGUCAACAACUUCUCAGAGUUCUACAAGGAGCAGAAGAGGCAGGAGAAGGCCAUCAAACGGCGGGAGGCCCUGGAGAGGGCCAAGAGGAAUGGCAGCAUCAUCUCCAUGAACAUGAAGGAGGCGUUUGCACGCAGUGUCGAGCUCAUAGACGUAGUGGUAGAAAAUAAUGGAGAGAACAUGGAGAAGGUGCAGGACAACCACCUGUCUCUUAGCCACAGGAAAGAGACUCCCAAGAGGACCACCUCAGAGAUGGGCUUCACUCAGUCAUUAGAGCCCAGCUCACCAGACAAAGCCCAUCCCGCCAGCCCUCAGCAACUCAACGCUCAGAAACUGGAGGAGAUGUACAACAAGAUGGCUAAGACCCAGUCUCAGCCUAACCUGAACAGUAAGGACAAGGGGCAUUUGUCUAAAGCGCCCAAGAAGAGAGACGAGAUAGAGAUGGGUAUCAUUCCCACAGAGCCUGCCCCAACCACAGACAUGAGGAGCAUGUCCAGUAUUGACAGCUUCAUGAGUUGUGCUGCUGACUUCAACGAAAGUGCUCGCUUCUCCCACAGCCCCAGCACCAUUGUUCCAGGGAGGGUUAGCACCAACCCCGUGCUCGAGACCACCCUGGAGCACGAGGCCAUUGUGUCCCCCCACAGCGCCACCAAGGUCCCUGGAGGACGAGGCUCCAAGCACGGCCUGUUCUCUGGCAGCCCCCGGGGCCUACGCUUCAGCAACCCGCUAAAGAACCGCUCCCUCAAGGUCAACUUCAAAGGCGGGGACGCAGACCCUUCCUCCUCCUCCUUACCACAGGGGCCAGGGGGCGGGGCCCUCUCAGAUAGCUCUGCCCUCUCUGCCCACUCCCUCAUGAGUCCUGAGGUGUCUGUCUACACCACUGCCAGCAGCAAGACUCCACCCCCUGAGACCCUGAUCCCGACAGUCUUCACAUUCCAUGACGCAUCCAUCAGUAAGUUCAUUGAUGCUGACACGGACGAGGAGGAACACCUCCAUGAUAGCUCGGGUACAAACGCCUCCCAGAGGCUUCUGGGAAAAGCCAGCCCCAAGCUCAGCUCCUACAGCAGCCACCACUGCGUGGCCAACCACCUGGAGGGCUCCCAGAGAAUGCUGGGUAACAGUGUGUUCCCCUUUGAGGCCCAGUCAGGUGGGGGACAGGGGAAUCAUGUGCUCUCCCGGGGAGAGAGGAGUCGUUCAAACACCCAUAAUGAGAGCAAGUGAGGUAGGGGAGGGAAUAGAUAGUACAGACAGGACCCAAACAGGAGGACAUUGUGUAUAACUCUGCAGAUCUGGUCACACACUGUAGAUUUAGGCAUUACUGAAUCAGCAUUGUGCUAAAAGAAAUGUUGUUGAUUUCCUUGUGUUUUCUUCCUCAAAACUGGCCUUAGUUAUAUGUGACUAUGUGUAUGCAUAGCGUGCGCGUUUGUUUGUAUGUCUGUAGGUGUAUGUGUAUGCAGGAUGAUAGGCAGAUACACAUACACACACAGUUAUGCAGUAUUUUAUGUAUAUUGUUUUCCUUUUUUUAUAAUAUAAAUAGUAUAUUUUCUUUGGUCUGUUAUUUUAUGACUCUAUCUGAGAGGUGAACUUUCAUCCUUGUUUAUCAACACGCCUCUGCCUCCCACCUCCCACCUCCCGGGUAGCACUAACCUCAUUGACCGAAUAUUUUCAAUUCUGUACAGGGUAUUCUUUGUUGUUUUGUUUGUUUACUUAUUUUUUUGUUUUUGAUUGUGUGUGUUUUAUCCAGACAGGUUAGGGUUAGGUUUAACCCGCUCUCCUUUAUAUUUUAAUAGUCUCUCAGAUGUGUGGUUGUAGUUGAUUGUCAUACUUCGUAUCCAAUCACCAUUGAUACUGGGGAGGGGAUAAUAGCAUCCAUUUAGGCUGGAUUGAAAGUACUGAAAACACUCAGAUUUUCCAUUUUAAAGUUCCACAUUUGUACAAUUGAUAAUACUGUAAUACUGUAAUGUGCAACAAGAACAUGAAAAAAGAACACACUCAUUGUGCAAAAAGUUAUAUUUUUAAAAUAUAUUUUUAGAAUGGUAUAUUAGAAGAAUGAAUUAUGCUAAACUCAUAGAUUUGCAUUGCAAUACAUUGUUUUAUUUUAGAGAGAAUAUUACAAGAUAAUGAAUUUGUAUUUUUUGCUAGUAGUUAGGGUAAAUGUUUGUCCUUCUAUCCUUCGUACAAUGUGAAUAGCUUUGUAUAACACUCUGUUAAAUCCAGGGCAUCUUUAAUCAUAUCAUGGACCCACAAAAUGUUAUUAAUUAAUUAUAACAAUAGUUUCAAAACAGCAGAAUGUCCGAAAUAUUUCAUGAAGCCAGGACAAACUCAAACACAGCAGAGAUGAAGGGAGAAGGGAGGAGUGGAAAUACGGAAGGGGGAGAUGUUAAGAUGGCACACAGGAAGUGAGGACAGGAAGAAAGAAUAGGGAAGAGCACUUUAUUUUACAGAGGGAAUCAUGAUCUCAUUGGAUGACUUCCACACUAUGGAUGGUAGAGCGGUUGACCAGCUGCCAGAAUUCACAACAAGCAUCAUAUGGCUACAUACACAGACACUGACAAACACAGAGCCACUCACAUGCUCAUACACAUGCAGUCAACACAUGCUCACAGGCAUGUUUUAUGUGGGUUCAAUCUAAACUUAACCUAUCCCAGUACAUCUCAUAGGUAGUAUCUGAUACAGACCACAUUUCCAGCACAAUAUAUCCACUACCCUCAUACACUUUACAAUGUUAAAGAUAUGAUUUUAAUUUAGCCUUUAAAACACCCGACUAAACACUCAAUAUAGAGUGAGAAAAAAGUGUAUUGUUGACUUCCAUUGUCCUAUUUUUCUAUUGUCAGACUACAUGCAAAGAGAUAGGUAUUUCUGUGCCUCUGCCAGUAACAAACUUGCUUCCCUCCCCCAUCUCCACUCUGAAAAGUCUGUCACUAUAGCCUCAGUUUAAUAGAGCUCACAUGACAAUUCAAUAAAGUGUAAAGCAAAUAAACACAGAGAACUGGGUCACCAUGCUGUCAGGGUGUGGUAUUAAAGCACACAAACACCCAGGCACGCAAUAAACACAGCACACACACACACACACACACACACACACACUGGUAGCACACAGAGACACACACCCCAUAGACUUAAAUAAAUACACACAUAUUUUAGAAUAACCAAAGCCAAACACAAUCACACAUGAGGGCAUGGCCUACUAAAGAAAUAUACUAUCAAAAAAUCAAAGA